AACAAAUUUACUGAUAGCAGAAAGCUCUUUUCUAUAAAAUAACAGAUCUUUUCUGCACGGAUUCAGUUAGACGGUUGACAGCGAUUUUGGCGGUUCAGUGUCUGAUUUUGCGGAAUUCGUGAGGUGCUUUGAUUUUUUUUUUUUUUGUGAUAUUCAUAUUGAAAGAACGAGAAAAACAGCAAAAUGGCAAAUCCAAAUCAAGAAAUUCAGUACACAAAGCUUUUUAUCAACAAUGAAUUUGUUGAUUCGGUCUCAGGCAAAAAAUUUGCAGCCAUCAAUCCAGCAACUGGCAAAGUAAUCGUUGAGGUUGCUGAAGGUGAUAAGGCCGAUGUUGACAUUGCUGUAAAGGCAGCCAAAAAAGCAUUCCACCGAGAUUCAGAAUGGCGCAAAAUGGGUCCAUUGCAACGUACCGAGUUGUUGAACAAGUAA